AUGUCGAAUACAGUGUCAGGAAAAUUGGAAAAGGCUCACAAGAAAGGACAAAAAGACAGAGAUUCAAUACAAAAAUCGAUACAGGACAACAUAACUCAACUGGAAAAUGAAGAAAGGCAACUAGAGAAUGAGCUUAAAAAAAUGGCUAGAGAGGGUAAAAUGUUUGCCUGUAGACCAUUAGCUCAGCAAUUAUCUAAGAUUCGCUCUCUAAAACGUAAAAUGUUUGGCUUUAGCGGCCAGAUGAAUGCCAUACAAACAAAACAAACAACUUCACUUGUAACAGCAAAAUGCGGAGAAUCAGUUGAAUCGGCUACAAAAUCCAUCAAAAGCUAUAACAAGUUAAUGGGAAAAGUCAAUAUGUCUAAAAAGGUUAAAGAAUUAGACGAAGCAGAAAUACUAAUGGAAAUGUCAGAAGAAUAUUUAAACAAUUAUUUACAUUCCACAUGCGAUUCUGAUGAUGAAAUUGUCAAUGAAAAGAUUAAGUCAAUUUUAAGUGAACCUGAGGUUUGUGAAUCAAGUCAGUGGCCCAGUGUUCCAGAUCUCAAAUUAAGUAAAUUCAGUACUCUGAGUCGACAUGUUAGCAAUGAAGUGAAAUGAAGGGUUGACUGAAACAUAUGUGUAACUUUAUUUUAUUCUACAAUUAUAUGACUUAUUUUCAUUGUUUAAUACGGAGAUUUUCAUCUUAAGGAUCUAUGAUCAUCAUAUGACACAAUGUUUCUUGUUGUUGAAUAUUUGCUGUUUUACUCAUAACUGCUAUUGUUCACACAAUAAAGUCUCCAACUGUGCCAUCUGUUCCUUUGAAAUAAUUUUCCACUAAUUGUUAUACUGCCUAUUGUUUAAAU